AUGUUUUCGAUGAUAUCUUCUGGUACCACCCCGUACGGGUCGGAGCUGGCGUACUCCCCGUCCCCGUCGGCGGGAGACAAGCUCCAAGAAGCCCAGCGGCAGCAGCGAGUUCGACUCGGGUCUCGAGAGCUGCAAGCCGCUUCCGCGGCUUCCGCCGGCUCGGCAAAGAGUUUCACACGGCAUCGCGCCUCGAGCAACAGCACCAGCGACAGCAUCAGUCGAGGGGGUAGCGGACGCGUGGGUGUCGUCGUCGGCAGCGGCAGGGCGGAGAGGACCAGCGAAGGCAACGACAUGAGCAGCGAGGUCGGGAGCAUCGGCGGGAUCAGCGAAGUCGGGGCGGGAGGCGACGUUAACAGCGUACACAGCGGGGAGGGGGCGGCGGCCAUCGGCGACGGGGGCGGCGAUGGCGAGCGACUCGGGGACUACAAAGCCGGAGACGGCAACGACGCGCUUAGCGAUGAUGGCCGGCACAUGGGGAGCGAGGACGGCGACACGGACGGCCUGGUCGGGAGCUCCUUCCUCACAAACUUCGGCGAUCACGGCGCCGUAGCCACGGCGGCGGGCGUUAGCGUCGGCGUAGUCGGGGGCGGCGGCGCCGUAGAGGGCUGGGCGCCGAUAAGAGCACUGAGAGCCCCCCCCCGUUCCUACCGCCACAACCACCCCAGGAUCCAACCGACUCACGUCUCUCCCAGAGUGGGACCAUCGAACCCGCCGCAGAAGCCCCCCCCCGCGGACGACUCAGGGUUGGGUAGGGUACAGAUUUUGUCUUCACCGGGGGGCACCGGGGCUCUGGACGCGUUUUGCUCUCCGCUCUCGGAAGCUACGGCGGCGGCCGCGGGGUCGGAGAUGACGCAAGCAGCGAAACUCAAGACCUCGGUUCGCUUCGGGGGCGUGGGCGACAUCCGGGCCAACUUGGGCAGGGCCGACAAGCCGCAGCUGGUCUCGAGAGAUGGGGAAGGCGUUUCCCUCCUGAUGCACGCCGCGCAGCGAGGCGAGACCGACGUGUUUCGGGUCGUGCUGGACAUCCUGGCGGAGAAGCUGUCGGAGCAGGAGGUGCUUGAGGAGUUCUGUGGGCAGGAUGAAGACGGCCAGACGCCGCUGCUGUUCGCGGCGAGGAGCGGCAGCGGGGCGGUCUUCAGGCAGGCCCUCAAAGCUCUGAACGCUAGGGCACCGCCUGAGAAGGUGCUCGAAGAGCUUACCGCUAAGGAGGAAGGGGACUGGACACCUCUCAUGGCAGCCGCAGAGAGCGGUAGCGUCGAUUGCUUCCACGAUGUGGUGCGCGCGAUACGGGAGCGGGGGUCGGAGGACAAGGAGGUCGUCCACGACUUGGCCGCGGCCCUGUACCGCCUCCUUUCGAAGCGGGACCCGUUGCUGAAGGCCGAGGCGUUUCGCGUUGCCGAGAUCGUCCUCGCACCCCCCCCACCCCCCCCUCCCCCCCCCUCCCAGCGGGGGGCGGCAGGGGGUGCUGGUGCUGGUGCUGCCGCAGCAGUUUCGACGGCCGUUUCUUGCUCGCGGGCACCUCUCCUACCCGCCGUGUCUCAGCGCGGGGGCGACGCGGAGGAAGGCGCGGGGGGUGUAUGGUUGGACUUCCGGGCUGUGUACGCGAGGCACGGCGUGACGAAGCUGGCUGAGCAGUACCGCGCGGACAACUUGAGGCGUUGGGGUGCCAGUGCGGGGCAACCCCCGUCCGUUGCAGGCGACAGCGGCGCCGCCGCCGCCGCCGCCGCUUCAGAGACCACGAUUGCGGUCGUCAAGCGGGACGGGUCGGCGGCGGCUACCGGCAUCGCGAACGGCGCAUCAACAGCAUCAACAGCAGCAGCAGGAGGGGCAGGAUUGUCAUCAGGGGUAAACCCAGGGGCCAACGCCAACGCCAACACAUCGUUGUCGUUGCUGUCGUCGCCGUCGUCAUCGCUCAUCGCGACGGGUUGUAGCGGCGCUGCGGCGGCGGCGGCCGCCACGGCGGAGAACGGGGGUAGCGGGGGGGAAUGCAAUGCGGUGCUGGACAAGCUCGCCGAGGUUGCUUCCCGACUACACCCGGAGUCCUUUCCCCCCCGCACUACUACUCUGGCCUCCUCUUCCUCCUCGCGGGCGAUGGUGGUGUCAGCACCUCCCCGUAGCGGCGACGGUGGUGCGCCGUUGGUGCAUUCGGCCGAGGAGGGGUUGUGGAAGGGCAAGGGCAAGCUGGCGGGGCCUGACCCCGCCGCCGCCGCCGCCGUCGCAGGUUGUGCUGGUUCCAGCGGGAGCGGCGAGGAGGGCGGCGAUGGCGGCGACGUGGGCGGGGAGGACCAGGAGCAGAGGGUAGGCGACGCUGGGAACGGUGGCGGCGGCGGCGGCGGCAGCGGCGAGGCUGCCGUUCCUCCGCCCGGCGCGGGAGCCGCCGCCGCCGCAGCUACCGCUGCCACCGCCGGCAGCGGUUCUGGAGGGUCCGCUGUUGGUGACAGCAACGAGGCGUCCGCCGAAGGCGGGGCAGAGCUGGGACUCGGCGGGAGGAGAGACUUGCGGAGGGGGAGGAGCAUGGUCACGGGAGGGAGGUUCUUCUUGGAGGUGGGCAAGGCGCUGCUAACUCCGGGGCGGGACGGAAGGCUUCGCAUGGAGACCCUCAUCGCCACGACACAGGGAUGCUUGCAGGCGCUUACCGACGAUGUCUCGGUGGUCAACCACGGCGGCAGCUCCGAGGCCGGCCAGUACCGCGCGCUGGUCAGGCCGUUCACCGUCCGGCUGUCCCCGGGGCCGCUCCAGAAGACAACCCCCCACCCCCGCCGUGCCGUCGCCAGCAGCAAGCCUACGGCGGCGGCGGUGGCGGCGGCGGCGUCGUUGGAGAGGCCUCCCGCCGCUGCUGCUGGCGGUUCGGGGGGGGUGUCCCAGGGGGAGGGCGGUGGUCUUGUUCAGUCUGAGGGGGCCCCGGUGGUUCCCGGGGAUGGGUUCUGGUCUCCGACGUUGUCGUCGACGGCGGGUGGUGGCGGGGGGGACGGUGGGGGCCACGCGCCCGGUCGAAGCGAGAGCGGCGGCGGCAGCAGCAGGAAGAGGAGCAAGAGCAGCACCGGCGGUCGGCGUUCCUCGGGAGGAGCGGGAUCGGCAGCGGCCGCGGCGGCGACGGGGGCGGCGGCGGCGGCGGCGGCGGCGGCGGCGGCAACAGGUGGUUCUUCCAGCAGCACCACUGCCACCGCCAUGGGUGGUGGCGGUACACGGGAGGGCACCAGCAGCAGCAGCGGCGCAGGCGAAGGCGCACCGGGAGCAGCUCUAGGGGAGGGGCAAGAAGGAGACGCUGCGGGGGCGGCAGCAGAUGGUCACCGCGGUGCUCGAUCGGAAGGUUACAACGAGGCGGAGGCGGAGGCGGCGGCAGCCGCGAGAGAAGCUGAGGCUGAGGCCGGGGCUAGGGAGAAGGCGGAGGCGAAGGAGGUCGAUCUGCUGCGGAAGCUGGCGGUGGGGCUGCACCCGGUGCUGCUGGUGGAGCCGCUGACGACCGUGCGGGAAGUGACCAAGUGGUACACGGUUCAGCUCGAGAAAUCGUUCAAGAGCUACCGGCAUAGGAAGAAGAAGGAGAAACAAGCGGCUUUGGAGGCCAGGAACCGUGGAGGGGGAGCUACUGCAGAAGCCGCGGCCGCAGCCGCAGCCGCAGCCGCUAGCCCUGGCGAUGCCUCGUACGAAUCUCCCGCUGCUGCCGGGCUGUCCGCUCUGAUGAGCCGCAGGAAAAUGGUCGAGCAACAAAAGAAGGCCAGGGCGGGGGCGGCGGCGGGGGGAGGGGAUGACGUCGACGUCGGGAGCGGUGGCAGUCCGAGGGCGGCGGCGGCGGCGGCGGCGGCGGCGGCGGCGGCGGCGGGGGGGGGUUCCGGGGCGACCCAGAGGUGA